AUGGAGCUUUCAUUGAUUGGGCUCCAAAAUGCUGGGAAAACUUCGCUUGUGAAUGUUAUUGCUACAGGAGGUUUUAGCGAAGAUAUGAUUCCCACAGUAGGAUUCAAUAUGAGAAAGGUAACCAAAGGAAAUGUCACAAUAAAAUUGUGGGAUCUUGGAGGCCAGCCAAGAUUCCGGAGCAUGUGGGAGAGAUACUGCCGUGCUGUUUCUCUUCCUCUGUAUGUUGUUGAUGCAGCAGAUCGGGAGAACAUGGCUAUUGCCAAAAGUGAGCUCCAUGACCUUCUGAGCAAGCCAUCUUUGACCGGUAUCCCAUUACUAGUCAUUGGCAACAAAAUCGACAAGCCUGAAGCUUUCCCUAAGCAAAGUUUCACAGAAUUGAUGGGUCUGAAGGCAAUGACUGAUCGAGAAGUGGCCUGCUUCAUGAUAUCAUGCAAGAACUCGACCAACAUUGAUUCUGUCAUUGACUGGCUGGUGAAGCACUCAAAGAAGAAGAACUGA